AUGUCCGAGUAUCAAGCUCGUAAAGCUCGAAUGCUGGAGCUCCAGCGGGAGAAGGAGGAAGAACUGAAAAGGGAAUUAGCAGCAAAGGCAGCAAGAGAGAAACAGCUGGCCAAAGAAGCUGAAGAGCUCCGAAAACGGCAAGAAGCAGCUGCCAAGGAGGCACGUCGGAUUGAAUUGAUGCGGGCCAACGAAGCGUUGAAUAAGAAGGUCGAAGGUGGGCAGAAGAAGGAAUUGGAAUAUGAUCCUUUUGCUGAAGAUGCUAGACCUGCUCCCGCAGUGGUCAAGCCUUCAGCUAAACCCACUACACACACCAACGCCAAAGCCGCCCCUUCAUCAUCCAAACAGUCCGUACCCGGUCCAUCCUCCAAAUCAUAUACCACCACCAAUCCCACCUCGCGUGAUUAUGCUAAACAGAAGGCACAAUCCCAUUCACCCCCUCCGCUAGGAAGGAAAGAACGAGCAGCCAAAGCAUUCGCUCAAUCAGCUAAGAAAUCAGCCGGGGACUCUUUAUUCUCUAUUAGAUCGUUGGUCGAAUCGAGAGAUCAACCUCGUUCGCCUAGUGGUGGAAGCGGGGGUAUACCGAUAAAUCGGACUUACUCUGCUGGUAAUCUAGGUUCUGGGUCAGGUUCAUCAUCGUCUUACAAGGGAUCAUCAAGUAUAGCUAUACAUGGUUUAGGGAUGAGUAAUGGUUUGAAAAGGGAUCCUAACCAGAAUAGACUGAUACCUGGGAAGCAACCUAAAUCGACUAGAGAACAAUUGAAUAGUCAAGCUAAGAUUGAUGGGUUGAGGAAAUUGUGUCCUGAUAGAGCUACAAGGGAUAGAAGGACGAUAGAAGAGAUUCAGAGGGAUAUAAAAGCGAAAAAGGGUGGGAGUGGAAGUGUAUCACCAUUACCGCCUUUACCUUCUUCGGCUGGUAAAGGAAAAGAAAGAUCACCAAUUAAACACAACGACAACCCUAAGUCAUCAACAUCAAUACCUAAAGCACAGAUAUCAAGCUCAAUCAAGCCUACAAUGAGACCGAAAGAUCAUUCAAGACCACCUAAAAGACGUCAAUCUCCCUCUUCCUCUGAUUCCAACUCAGAUUCGUCCAGUGAUCCAUCCCCACCUCGAAAGAAAUUCGAUCCGUACUCUCGUCGAUCGCGUUCUCCACCUGUGCGUCUUAACGAACAUUCAUCCCAUCUGGACAUAAGAGAUGAGAUACAGAAGUUGUUCAGAAGACCCGGUGCGUCCAACAGACCGACGUAUCGGGAUGAAUAUAGUGAUUCCGGAUCGGAUAUGGAGGCUGGAUUGAGCGAUGUAGAAGAAGAAGAGAGAAGGACAGCUAGGAUAGCAAGGAGGGAAGAUGAGUUGGCGGAGAGAGAGGAGAGAGAACAUAGGUUGGCGAAAUUGAAGAGAAAGAAAGAAAUUGAGAAGAAGGGUAAGGGAAAGUAA